AUGCCCGUGAAGCAUGUCCCGAAGGAACGCGCGUGGGGUACGCGUUACGAUACACUAGAUUCGUCACCGCCUCCGUCACCGCCAAAACAGCAGGAUCAGGAACCUACUCCCCCCUCUGCUAUCCCAAUUACAUCAGUGGUCGCAAGCACGAAUGAUCUAUCUCGCCGCGAUAGGAUUGCUUCACACACAAAUACUAUUCCACCCACCCAGUCCGAGAAAAUGCCGCACGAUGCUAGCAUCUUUGUCGGUAGCCUGCCGACACAUAUUGAACAACCCAAGUUAACAAGUCUCCUCCACGAACACUUGUCCCAACAUGCGGAGGUGAAAAGCAUCAAGGUCGUGCGUGAUAGCAAGGGCGGCAUAUGCGCGUUUGUACAGUGUGAGGACUCGUCGACUGCGGCUCGCCUCAUUCACACGCUUCAAUCUCUGCCUCCUCGCCCGUUCAUGGGGAGGAUGCUGCGCUACGAGCCGGCUCGCGCGUUCAGAACGCUAUUGAUAUCAUAUCGGUUUCCCGUCGUUCUAUACGACAGCGAAGCAAAAAUAGUAGACCCCAUAGUUUUGAAUCAGAAUGACGGUUCUACGGAGCAAGAGCCCCUGAAUGGAGCGGGUACUUUCCUUGAACCUCUGGAAUUUGACGCAGAGACCAUCUUGAAGAUAGCCUCGACAUUUGGGGACGUGGAACAUUUCAAUGUGUAUACAGUUACAGACGACAAGCAUGAUGGCAGAAUGGCGCUGCCUCGGCAACCGUAUCCUCAUAAUGUUUCCCGUGCAUCAAACAUGGAUGCUCAGAUCUGGGAAGUGAAGUGGCAUCACCGGGACGACUGUGUUGUUGCAUUAACGGUACAGUGUCACUAUUCGACUGACAUAUCCAUAUUCAUAAAUUCGCAUCUCGAAAAUCAGGCCCUGCGUCGCAUUCCUUUCAUCAGCCGCAGGACGAGCCUCGAGUGGUAUAAGGACGAUCUUCCUUCGUUGGACUUUGAUGCCUCAAUAUUUGGCGAUACCCAUGAUAGUCGGCCGUGGGGGGAUCGUGAAAUAGGAGGGACAGUAUCACCGGCGUCACCGUCCUCUCCGCUGUCUGUGAACCUGUCGAGCACCCCUGCAGAAAGGGGUUGCAAGACUCCAAAUGAUCCUAGGUUCCAUACUACUGGCGCGCGGACCAUGCCGUCCAUAACAAUGCCUUCUGCAGACCCAGGUCGCGGUGCCAAUCGGCUGUCCCCUACGCAGGACUCCACUACAGCGUCGAUUGCUCCUAUAACUCCUGGGGAUCAGCCAUCAUUCCUGCGUACGCCACCAGGUCUCAACAGAGUUAUGAGCUCUCCUCGCUCCGUGAACGGUGCGGGUCUUUGUCGUAUGCCAAACCAAGGACCAAACUUGGGCCAGAGAAGUGAUUACUCGCUCCGAGACGCUAGCAGGACGGUCGACCCGACGUCCGUCUUCGUUGGUGGGCUCGAGAUGUUUGGCCCGGACGCCUGGAACGAGACGAAGGUUCGUGCGCAUUUCGAAAAGUACGGUACCAUUGAAAAGCUGCAGUUCGUCUCGCCGCUGAACCAACGCACCGCCUUUGCUUUUAUCAAGUUCGAUGUUGCAGAAGCUGCUACAUGUGCGAUAGAGAAUGAGCAUAACUGUAUGUACAAUGGUCGUCAAAUGCGUGUGCAGUUGCGAGACAACAACGCACCGCCGCGUAGCCAAUGGCGUCCCGCACGUGGCAGGACACAACUGCCAUUUGCUGGCCAUCUUAGGCAUCAUGGCGAGCCUAGCGAAUACGGGGGGCAAGGACAGUACACGAAUUCCCCUGGUCACCCAAACGAGAUGACAGCUGGUUCUACUGGGGUAUCGGUCUUUCCAUCUCGUGCUGUCUUACCCCCGUCUGUUACUCUUCCAACGCUACAGAAGCCCAGCGGGUUUUCCCCUGGCCCUGUCGGGAAGGAAGGUUCAGCGAUGUCGAAUGGGUCCCGGGGACCCUCUGAACUUCCCCGCCAGUGGAUGUCUGAGUCUGCAUUGUCGUCGUUAUCUUCAAGUACGACUCAGCUGUCGCUGUCACAAGCCGACUCCUCAUUCGAGCAGCUUGCUACAGUUGUAACAUCCAUGGCGCCGUCACCGUCCGCGAGCUCGAUUGGCCCUUCAACCUCUGUGUCUGGGAGUAUGCAGCACAAUGUGAUGCAGGGUUACUUCGCGCCUCAGCCUUGGAUGCAUGCGUAUGCACCCUACUAUCCAUACCCCAUCCCGUUCGUUCCAGGCUACUCGGCCUUUCCUCCACCUCCCGUUCAGCAGAGCGGAGGGCAGCCGAACGCAGCCGAUUCAUUGAACAGCAAUGCGGCCUCCCAUCAUUCAUGGCCUGGGAUGCACAAUAUCUACAAAGUGCCCCAACAGGGUGGAUGGGCUUCAGCGCCCCUCAUACUGCCCACGGCGCAGGCGCAGGUACAGCAGCAUCAACCUCUCUAUAUGCCCUCAGCAAGUUCGUCUGGUACCCUCAGCAGUGCGCCUUCUUUCCGGGGCUCGUACCCUGGUGCUUCGCAGGCAGGACAGCGAAACGGCGUCACUAGUACGCCACCACCGAGGCGUCUUAACCGGCGCAACUCGUACCAAAAUAACGGCUUUAGCGGCUACCGUACCCCGAAUUCGCAUGCUUCUCCGAACCGGUUCACAAGGCCCUUCGGCAAUUCGGCCGUAGAUGUGUCUUUCGGAUAG